UCAAACUUUCACCACAGCCUGUAGAGAGGACCCAGUCCUCUGAAAGAGGCCUGUUAGAGACAACAGGGACACGCUGGACUCUGGGCUUAUGGCUGGACAGCGAUGGAGACACUUCUGAUGAUGACUUUUGUUACAGUUUGACCCCACAGUGAAUUCGCCUACAAACAUCUGCUUCAGUUUUCUUGUCCUUUUUGCGACAGAGAGAGGGAUGGAGCAACCACCCAGCGCGCCGAGCCCUCCUCCAAAACCGGCCCAUCACGAGCCCAUAAGCUUCGGCAUCGACCAGAUUCUGGGAGCCGGUACAGAGCCAGAGAGCGCACGCACGGCAGGAAGACAGAGUGGAUCAGAUUUAAGCAGCGGGGACGGUUAUUACAGUUUGGGAAGCCCGACUGGGGCCAGCGCACCCUCGUACACCGCGCUCUCUAUCUCCCUCUCCGGUGUAAUGCCUCCGGUGGAAGCUUCAGGUUCAUACGGAGAGAGCAGGAGUCUGGGCAGCCGGGGAGUCAUUCGAGUCCCAGCCCACAGACCCGUGACAGCCCCGGGACCCCCAGCCCCUGUGCAGAGCGCUGUUCCCGGUUUUGGGGGGCUGUGCUUCCCUUGGAUAGGGAACCGGUUUGCCAAGGACAGAAUAUCAGCGGCUCUGGUGCCAUUCGCCGUUACGCGGAGAAUAGGGCACCCGUACCAGAACCGGACACCUCCUAAACGGAAAAAGCCCCGCACCUCCUUUUCAAGAGUUCAGAUAUGUGAGCUGGAGAAACGCUUCCACCGACAGAAGUACCUGGCCAGCGCCGAGCGGGCAGCUUUGGCAAAGAGUCUCAAGAUGACAGACGCACAAGUCAAAACCUGGUUUCAGAACCGCAGGACCAAGUGGAGGAGACAGACAGCCGAGGAGAGGGAGGCGGAGCGUCAGCAGGCCAAUCGCCUCAUCCUGCAGCUGCAGCAGUCCGCCCUCCAGAAGUCCCUCAGCGAAUCAGCGGUGUCAGAUCCGCUGUGCGCCCAUAACUCCUCCCUGUAUGCUCUGCAGAACCUUCAACCCUGGGCCGAGGACAGGGAGUAGAGACCAGACACCACGCGGUAAUCACUGAUCAUUCUCUAACAGCCCUGUGAGGAUACUUUAAUUAAAUUAGACCUACAUGAGGACAGUAGGACCUACUGUGAUCCUUACUGUGGAGGAAAAAAAAUAUAUGUGACAAGAAAAAUACUGAAGAACCCGUUUGAGUGGUUGUGAAAGUGGACCUGAAAUGAUGGUGAGUCCUGAAGCAGAAACUUUCCGUCCAUCCGUUUUCUUCCGCUUAUUCUUUUCAGGGUCUGUACUUGGAAACACAAGGACUAUACAAAUUCUAAGGAUACGAAAAAGACUUGCCGUUAAAAUUUCUCGCCACCAUGUGAUUGUCCUCUUAGGCUCGUACUUAUAAGAAGAGACCUGAUGGAGGUAAUUAAUUUUCCACAUCGAGACGCAAGAAUCAGUGUUUUGUGAGGGUGUGGUUUCUCAAUGCAGCCAUCGCCUUAGUCUAUCCUACAUAGUGGACUUGGUUACAGCUGGCUCUGUUGUUUUUUUUUUUUCUUUUCUAUUUUAAUAGGAGGAAAAUCACCUAAAUAAAGGCGAGGCCUAAAGUCCAACAUCUAUACAACAAAGUACACGCGUUGAAAUGUGUUU